GGCUCCAUUGUUGUAAAUGCCCCCAGCCUCCCGCAUUGCCUCUCGCAUUGCCUCCCGCAUUGCCUCUCGUCCCCUCCGUCUCUCCCGCAUCUCUGCUCCAUCUCUGCCGACCAGCGGCGACUCCUCCAGAUCGACUCUCCGUCGACUGCGAAGUUACAGGAUGCGUCUCCUGAUCGUGUCGGCGCUGGUGCUGCUGGCCGUGGUGCCGAUCCUCGCGGCGCCCCCCAAGGAGAAGAAGGCCCGCAAGAAGCCGCGCCCCACGGAGCCACCGCCGCCGCCGCCGCCGGAGCCCGAAUACGUUGUCGAGGCCCCACAGGACCCCGUGCCCGACCUCAGCAACUACGACGACCUCCUGAAUUACGACACCGAACUGCUGGCGGAGCCCAAGGAGGAGGCCGGGUUGCUCAUCCCGAAGACGGAGGCACAGCCCAAGGCACCCGUGACCGAGAAGCCAAAGACCGCACCGCCCCCCGCCGCGGGUGGAGCAGGGGGAGCAGGGGGACCAGGGCUGUUUGGCCAGGAGGCACCAAUAGGCCUCCCCACGUGCCUGCUCUGUGUGUGCCUGCGUGGCUCCGUCUACUGCGACGACAACGACCUGGACGCCAUCCCGUCGCUCCCUCGCGACACCUCCUACUUCUACGCGCGAUACAACCGCAUUGGCACCGUGCGGCUCGCCGACUUCCAGGGCCUGACCCGUCUCAAGCGCAUCGACCUGUCCAACAACGAGGUGGCCAGCGUGGAGACCGGCGCGCUGGUGGGGCUGGUGGCGCUGGAGGAGCUGAACCUCGGCAGCAACCGCCUGACGGCAAUCCCGGCGCUGCCCUCCUCCCUGCGUCAGCUCGACCUGCAGCACAACCAGCUGGUCAACAGCGGCCUCCCCGUCGACGUCUUCAGGGAUAUGAAUCUGCUCACCUACCUCUACCUUGGCAACAACCGCCUCGACCACAUUCCCGUGCCAUUCCCCAUGAGUCUCCGCGUGCUGCACUUGCAGUACAACAACGUGCAGGAGAUCCGAGACGACACGUUCUGCAGCACCAAGCAACCGAUUAUGCGUCGCGUCCUGGAGGACAUCCGCCUGGACGGCAACCCGGUCAACCUGAGCCGCACACCCAACGCCUACGUGUGCCUGCCUCGGCUGCCCACGGGCCGCACGUACUGACACCACCACCACCACAAGCACGACAACAAACAUCAACAACGCAAGAACACAACAAACAUCAACAGCACAACAUCAACAACGCUCACGUGUAUCUGCCGUGCCUGCCCACGGCCUCACACACUGACCAACACCACAACAAAAAGAACCACAACACGAGAUGUUAACUGCCUCGCCAGGUAUGCAGGAGGUCGUGGGCUCGACCCCGACCCUGUCGCCUGCUGUAUAUUUGGAGUUUGCAUGUCUUUCCGCCCGUGGUCGCGUGGAUUUUUCUCCGGGUCCUCCGGUUUUCCCCUCCACAUUUAAAGUCGACGUGCAUUUAGGGUAUUUGGCUGCUAUAAAUGUCCACGUGAUAAGCCCCUUUGUUGAGCUAUCAUUUGUGACCAGGUCGCAUCUGAAAAAGAGCCAUAGAGCUCAAUGGGCUUGAACCUGGUAAAAUAAAAAUAAAAAUUGUGAUUUGAAA